AUGGGUCAAACGAUCUCCUCAAUAUUGAAAGAAGGUCAAGAUGAUGAAAAUGUGACAACAUUUUUAGAGAGAAGGAAAGCAACAUCUCCUUAUUACGGUCCAUACAACACAAGAAAAGCAACAUUCACAACAAAUUCUCAAGGGAUGACUACACCUUCUAUAAACCAUUCAAUGAACAUGGAACAAAAACUUUCCUCAGUGGAGCCCAGAAAGGAAACUUCCUGGGAGGAAGAAAAAGAAGAUCCCACUUCUUGGUUACAUCAUCAUCAGAAUUCUCUAAAUGAAAUAACAACUCAAGAUGCAAUAUCUGUUGCAAAAAUUCAAAAGAAAACAACUUACAAUGGAUCAGGAAGUCAAAAUAAAAUAAGUUUCGUCCAAGAAAAUUUUCCUUCACUCCCUCAAUCUGAAAAAAGGACAACUUUGGAAAAGAAGGUAGAAACUGCUCCUUUUAUCCAACCGUAUAAUGUUAUAGCCCAAUCUAGAAAGAAGGAAGAAAUUUCUUCUUCUAUCCAACCAUGUUAUAAUACCUUAACCCAGAAGACAACUUCCUUGAUGUCGGAAAGUACAAUUUCUCCUCUCUAUCGAUCCGUGACUUCCUCGUAUAAGAGAAAUGAGUUGAUGACACCAAGAGAAAGAGAAAGAAGAGUAAAGAAAGGACGAGAUAUUUUAAAAAUUCUCCAACAUUUAGUCUCAAUUCUAAGAGAUAAUGACGAAGACGUAAUUUAUGGCUUUUGGCAGUGUGAAAAGCUUGAAGAACGUGACCUUGAAGAACCUGGAUGGGAGGAAGAGCUUUCUUUGGAUGUUCUUCAAAAGUGUCUAAAUAAAACCCCUGAAGAUAUAUAUGAAUCUUUCAAGAAAAAUUGUGACUAUAUUGCCUGUAGAAAAGAACAUCUGAUUACAAGCUUCCGUAAAUACACACGAUCAAGAUAUUUGGAUGGAGAACCCGAUCUAGAGAUCAUCUGUCACUUGUUAUGGAAUGAUUAUUACCGAGUAUAUGGUGAAUUUAAGUGCCCAAAUUGCUGGAAAAAAUGGAGAAGCGCUUAUAUUUGGAUAUCAUUCCAAAAAUUUAUUGAGAAAAUCCCUGGACCGCGAUUACGUAAGAAUGAUUUUUAUAUGCAAAAUUGUAAAAAAUGCAAGGCAGGAGAAAACGAUGAAAGUUUCAUCUUGCUUUAUGAGCCUUUAAAAACUUCAGGCGGAGUAAAACCCCAUAAGACAGCGUUAGCUUAUGCUAGAGUAUGGCAUCUAGUUGAUGCAAAACAGAGAAUAUUAGGUCGUAUGGCUACCGGUAUUGCAACGACUUUAAUGGGAAAGCACAAGCCGAUUUAUGAUCCCGCAUCUGACUGUGGAGAUUAUGUUGUAGUUAUUAAUGCAAAAGAAGUGAUGGUGACCGGUAGGAAAGCUGAACAAAAGUUAUAUAGGCAUCAUACUGGAUAUCCUGGAGGUUUAAAAGAAAUUGUAUUUAAAGAUUUAUUAGAAAAAAAUCCGGAAGAGAUUGUUAGGAAAGCUGUUUCGGGGAUGUUACCGAAAAAUAAAUUAAGAGAUGUUCGAUUAAAUAGAUUACAUAUUUUUCCUUAUGAUAAACAUCCCUAUAAAGAAAACAUUACUAAAAUUUAUGAUAAAACUCUUCUUGAUAAAUUUGGAUUACCUAAACAAACUAAAAGUGAAAAGAAAAAGAAGUUUAAAGAUAUUAAAGCUAUCACUUCCAAAGUUGUUUCUAAUAAUGAUGGUGAUGAUGUGAAAAAAUAA